AUGACGCUCCCUUGCGACCUCGAAAUACACAGAUCUACAGCCAAUGCCGAAAACAAUAUCCGGAAUGAAUGGCUAGAACAAGGCACUGGGGAGACAAUUGGGGUCAUCGAACAUCCAGGCACAGAGGUGCCCGAGUUGGCAGAGCAGGCGAUUUUUUGGAUUGAGAAGAACCUCUGGAACAAGAAAUGGGACGACGAAUGGGCUCACAAGGUUCCAGAGGAGGAGGAGGGAGAACAAGCCGCGGCGCAAAUGGGGGGGCAAGCAGAGUACCUGCCCAACGACACACGACCACAAUGUCCUGAUGAUGGCACGCCUCGCAUCGACCGCCCAGCUGAAGGCAAUAAUGCUCACGACGGUGCUUUCCACAACUCAUUCGAAGCGGAGGAACAGCUCAAGACAACGAUCCAGUACCACGCAGGUCCAAGCCGAGCACCAAAGGAACAUACACUUGACAGCAAGGCCCAAGGCGCGGUCUUCCCGAACUUCAACAACCAACUUCAACCGCCAGAGGAGAGCCCCAGUAUAAGGAGGUUGCGCCUAACCACCUUUGAUAACAACGCCAGACAAGAUGAGAGGCCGUCGCGAGAGGACAGUCGAGGCUUUGGACCUGCGCCCAAGAAGAAUUGA